GCGCCCCGGAAGUGACGUCGGGAAGAGCGCCGGGCGCCGAGGCAUGGCCCAGAAGCCUGCGGAGCGGCCGUCGGAAGAAACCCUUUCACUCUGGACACGGGAGCAAGCCCGGCUGAAGGCGAGCGUGCUGGACCGGGACACGGAGGCGUGGCAGCGCGACCCCGCCUUCUCGGGGCUGCAGAGGGUCGGGGGCGUGGACGUGUCCUUCGUGGAAGGGGACAGUGCCAGCGCCUGCGCCUCCCUGGUGGUGCUCAGCUACCCGGAGCUUGAGGUAUUAUAUGAGGAGAGCCGCAUGGUCAGCCUGACCACCCCGUAUGUGUCAGGCUUCCUGGCCUUCCGAGAAGUGCCCUUCCUGGUGGAGUUGGUUCAGCAGCUGCGGAAGAAGGAGCCUAGCCUCAUGCCUCAGGUCCUCCUUGUGGAUGGAAAUGGGGUGCUCCACCACCAAGGCUUCGGGUUGGCCUGCCACCUUGGUGUCCUUACAGAACUGCCCUGCAUUGGGGUGGCCAAGAAACUCCUGCAGGUAGACGGGCUAGAGAACAACGCCCUGCACAAGGAGAAGAUCCGGCUCCUGCUGGCUGGAGGAGACACAUUUCCUCUGAUGGGAAGCUCUGGGACUGUGCUGGGAAUGGCUUUGAAGAGUCACGACCACAGCACCAAGCCCCUCUAUGUCUCUGUGGGCCACAAAAUAAGCCUGGAGGUUGCCGUGCGCCUGACCCACCGCUGCUGCAGGUUCCGGGUCCCUGAGCCCGUGCGCCAGGCUGACAUCCGCUCUCGAGAGCACAUCCGCAGGACCCUGGGACGCCCUGGGUCACCUGCAGCAGGGCAGGGGAGGAGCCAGAAAGCACAAAAGCCAAAGAUGUGCCCCAGAGGAGUCUCUGCAGCACAGACAGAUCACGGCAGGCCUCCUGAGGACCAUAGCUGGGAGCCCAGGACAGAGCUGGAAGGGCCACAGCUAGGCUCCCAGGAACCACAGAACGGCCAAGAGGAAACGACACCGUGAAGAGUCAGGUCGGGAGUCCCCAUCCUGAGGAGCUGGUCUCUAGAAACUGAGAAACUUCUUGCAGCCACAAGUAGAGCUCCAAAGACAAUGCUGACAGACCCCUCAGCAGGCAGAGCCCUCACUAGCUGGCUGCUCAGUGUGUCUACUGCGGCUCAGCAGGACAGAUCUCUGCAGGGGCUUUGAGGUUCAGGUGCCCAGUGACCCCAAGGUCGGUAACCCAUACCAGCACCCAGUUCGUGUUACCCCUCCUUGGAAUACAGACCUGCCUUUGUUCUGUCUUGA